CAAAAUGUCGCCCUGGAGAAAGACACUCUAGCAUCAAGUAUAAUGUAUCCGACUUGGCCGUCCAGCAAUGCCGUUGAUGGCGACAUAGGUCAGUAUGUAGGUGACGGCGCUACAUGUGUGGCUACAAAGACGGAACUGAACCCGUACAUUAUCAUUGAUCUUGGAGCAGAGUAUAUACUGACAUCCGUCAAGAUUUACAAACAAGUAGAUGAUGGAAUCGAGUUGAAUAUUCAGCUUUUACUGAUGGAGAAAACUUGGACCAGUUAUGGAAUUUUUGAAGAGACUAAAAAGCUGCUGAAACCUUAUGUUGCCACAAGAUUAGUUCGACUACAGGUAUCAGAAGAGGUUCCAGUUGUCCUUCGUAUAUGUGAGAUGAAGGUGUUUGCGCUAUGCCAGGAAGGGACUCAACUGAGGGAUUCUGAAAAAGUUAUACACGACCAAUCCAAACCAUAUAUGCAGAUGAGAUUUUCCUUGUCGAACAAGUACAAUGAUGUCGUGAAAGAAGAGGCAGCGUUUGUAUAUUCAGUGAAACAGGAAUUGGCCAUUUUAACAAACUUCUCAGAAGCCAGCUUUCAAAACAUGAAGGUGCAAAAAGAUCCAUUACAAGUAGAGUUGGAACUUCAUUCGACAGAUGGCGAUUUAAAGAAGCUGAGUAAAAUGUUGGAGACGAUAGACAUGUUAUGUGAACAUGGCUUGGAGAUGACGACUGAAGAUGGCAGUGAACUGACAAUAAUAGCAGGUAGCUUACAGUAUCACGUGAUGUAUACAGGACAUGCAGGUGCCUUGCUGUAUAGCCCUAUGCUUGUUGCAGUCUCCCUGCUUGCCAUUGCGAUGUCAAAUUUGUAUUAAACAUGGAGUAACUUCUAGGAACUGUAAUAAGCUUCAAAAAGACACAGAUUAUUGAAUUUUGGCGAGUUUGUGAUCGAUGUGGUCUGCUUUUGUUGUGAU